AUGAACGGAGCCACAGCGACUCUCGACGCCGGGCACAUCUAUCAGAUCUCAACUCCUUCCGUUGAUGGUAAUUAGAAAAAUCAGUUUUUCGCAAAUAUUUCUUAAAAUAUAUAGAUAGCCAAUUUUUUUAUCACCCAUGUUUAUUAUAUUGAAAACGGCAUUAGCCUUUCGCGAGCCUUUUGAUAAAAAUUUUAAGCAAAAAAAGCAUCUCGACCAUUAUUCCACAAAAAAGCUCGUUGAUCUAUCAGAAAAAGAAAAGAAAAAUAAUUGUAAUUAUAAGUGUAAUUGACAUCGCCAAAGUAUGAUAAAAGGGUGGAAAAAGCUCGCAAGAAAAAGCGAAAAGUUUUCGAUCAGUUUAUAUAUAAAUUAUAAAUAUAUAUUUAUAUAAGAUAUAUAUAUAUAUAUAUAUAUAUAUAUAUAUAUAUAUAUUUAUGUCACUAAAAAGUUUGCGCGUUAGGAUGUAGAAUUGCGUCCUUCUGCUACUUGAACGCGUUUUUAACAUAGAGGUUAAUUUCUAUUUUUUUAUUAUUAAUAAUGUUUUAUUAUUAAAUAUAUUUUAUUUAUUUUCAAUUAAACUCAGUAAUAUACACCGAGGUUUGUUUUAUUGUUCAUUUUAUUCAGAAUGGCUUUGAACUUGCUAUGCAUCCCAUAUUAAAAAUUUUACAAAGUGUUUAUUAUAUGAUGUUCAUGAAGUAAGUGUCUACGGCUUUGGAUACUUAUGUGUUCAAAUUUUUCAAAAGGUAAGUCAUUUGAGGCAAAAUUCCAACGGUUGCUGUUUCUGCCAGCUUUUUCGGAAAAUUGAUCAUAGAGGAACAUAACUGGGCUGCAGAACAACUAAAGGUUUCAUUUUUCAUUGAGAAGAGAAAAAAUCGAGCAGUUUAAGGUGUUGCUGCCAAGGCUGACAUCGACUCAACUAUUUGAAGAAGCUCGGAAGUUUGUUAUAGCCGAACUACAGCACAUUGCUUUCACGGAAUGGCUUCCUCUUAUUCUGGGAGAAAAAAAUAUGGUUGGAAAAUUUUGACUUGUUCGGAUGAAUAGUAUUUCUCUUGAACUUCAUGAAGCUUUCAGCAAAAAUAUUGGUUUAUCAAAACUAUCAACCGAGCAGAGCGUCGAAUUGAAUACUCUGAACGAUUAUGCUGUGGGAGCUGGCCUGGUCUGUUGGAACGAUCUUUCGAAAAUUCAUCUCGAAUUCUAGUUUUUCAACUUUAUGCGAGAAGGAUCUUUCAAGUCAAUAGCAAACCUCGAAAACGUCGAGUAACGAAAGUUUGAAAAAGGAAAAAAUGCUAUGAUAAAUAGGGACCUUCUGAACACUGUUGCUCUCUACCCAGGACCUCAUGAAGCCAAAGAAAAGUUGAGCAGUGGCUAUGAAAUGACGUCGUCGAUGCUGAUGACGUCAAGAGAUCACUCCAUCGGCACCUAUGCACAGUGGAGACAGCUCUGCGUUGGAGAGGAAGUCGAAGAAUGUACCGUAAACGAAUAAAAAACCUUUGCAGGUUGGAUCUUUCAAUGAUCUUCAAAGAAUAUUGGCAGCGGAUCCAGAAUUUAUACGAAAUGUCCAAGAGCUUUACGACAAUGUUUGUUAUAAAUAAGGCUGAAACAGACCUCCCAGCUUGAGGUUGCCGCCGUGGACUUGAUGGUGCUGGCUCUGUCCGAAAAGCCCUCCUACGGCUCUCUUCUCGGUCCCGACUUUGAGCUGCAUCAUUGCGCGGCAGUUCCAAAAAGUUUCUUCUUUCUCUUGGGAAGAUCUGUAGUCUCUUUAGACCAAGUUCGGCGAUGACUUAUGGUACGAGCGAUAUUUGAAUGAGAAACAACUGGACGAAGUCCGCAAAACUACGAUGGCUUCUCUGAUUUGCAGACACUCAGAAAUACUGAAAAUUCAGCCGAAUCCUUUUAUCGUGGCAGAUAUAUUCUUGUAGGAUCUGAAUCACUUGUUUAUUAUACUGGAACUUUCAGAAAUUCGCCCAUUUUCUGUAAUUUUUCGAGUUUUGGGAAUCCCUCCUUGAAAAACUGGAUUGAAGAAACUUCUUUACCAGCAGAUAACAGGUCACCUGAAUGAGAAGAUAUUUCUGAAAAAAAGGGUUCAGGUUCGCAGAAGUUUUAGAAGAUUGCAUUGAAACGGUGAACAGUGCUCGCGCUCAGCGUAUCAACGACAAUUUCGAUAGUUUCAAUUGUUUUCUAUCCUCCGAAAGUUUGAUUUUCAGCGGAAAAGGGGCCAAGUGCCUUUCAUUCCCAUGGAAGAAUGAUGCUGGCCAAAGAUGAGGCCGUCGAGGAAGCCAACGUCUCUCUCAUUCUCUUGCAGGUCAUUGUUCUCACUGUUUCUUCCAUAAUGAUAAUCCGUAAAGAGCAGUUGAUUUUGAAAAGAUGAAGACUUUCAGAAAGGGAUAUUAAUAAUAGAAGUUCAGGCAACCAAAAAGUUGGUGUUCGAUCAUCACUUUGCCUUGUCAGAAGUACAAGGAGUUUCCAUCGGCGCAUCUCUUCAGAAAGAGUUGGAAUUCCUUGUUUUUCAUCCAGUUAUAAUCGGGGGUUUAGGAUCAAAACGGACUGCAUUCCAAGACCCAUGCCCUGUGAUCCCACUUCUUCCUUCAGGCUCGUAUUUUUCUUUCAAAUUGCGCGGCAAACGGACGGUUCAGGUCUUUCACCGGCUGGUGCAAUAAUCUUGAGAGGCCACACUACGGAAAUACCUUCACAGAACUGAGAAGGAUUUUGGAUCCAGCCUAUGAAGAUGGUUUUGAAACUCUCAAAAAUUGAAAUGGUUUGUCUCUCAGGCGUCGACCUACCUCGGUCAAAGUCUUCCAGUGGGAACGAUCUUCCCUCCCCGAGAGCCAUCACCAACGCAGUUCACCAUGCAGCGCCAUUUCGAAGCCCUAAAGUGAUAACUGUAAUUAUAUCGAGAAAUCUAGCUCGGUUGCAGUACUCGCACAUGCUGAUGGAGAUGGGUCAGUUCAUAGAUCACGACAUAACUCACUCUCCGAUCGAUCAAAACCCUGACGGAACGCCUUUGAACUGUACGAGGUCGGGCUUCUUCCAUUUUUAAUCUGUCGGAGUGAUAAUCAUUUUAUCUAUGAGUCGUUAGAGAUUUGACUUACUGUGGGUGGCAAACAAUUUUUCAGCCGGUAGUUGAAAAUUAUCCUUUGAAACUUGAUUCCAAUGAACUUCAGAUGCGAUUCGGUGCGGAGCGUCUCGCCCUCUUGUUUCCCUAUACCGAUUCCGACGGACGACCCCUUCUUCACGGACGCCUCUUCUCAGCCGAUUUGUAUUCCCCUCGUCCGCUCUCUUCCGGCUCAGAAAACGCUAGGAUACCGAAACCAGAUGAACCAAGUAAUCAUCGACAAAUCACAGAUCAACAGAAAUUUCUCAGGUCACGGCGUUUCUGGAUGGCUCUGUUAUUUACGGCUCAACCGACUGCGAGGCACAGCGGCUACGUGAAUUCACGGAUGGAAAACUCAAAUCGACGAGACUUUCCGGUUUCAGUCACUUCGGGUACAGCCUUUUUUUAUUUAGGAAAAAUUCUUCUCGAAUCAAGUAAUCAAACUAAAAACAAAAUGGGGAACAAAGAAUAUCGAGAUUCGGCAUUUUUCUGGUGCGUUGCUUUUUUUGGGCGUUCAAUUUUUUCAACAAAGUGAAGCUAUCACAAUUUAUUUGAAACUGUUCGAAAACGAGUCUAAAUACAGAUUUUACGAAGAAAUUUGAAACAUUUGUUUGUCUUCAGAAUAACAUUGCCGCCUUCGGAUGAAACCGAACAGGACGGCUGCUUGUCGGCGCCCAGUUUUCCGUGUUUCCUCGCAGGUUGAACUGCAAAACUAUUUCAAACUUUUAAAUUGUUUACUUUUUCCAGGAGAUGAUCGAAACUCUCAGAACACCUUACUGAUUUCAAUUCAAACCGUCUUUUUGCGGGAACAUGACCGUCUCGCGAAACUCCUCAAAGAAAUAAAUGGUCAUUGGGACGAUGAGAAACUCUAUCAAGUCUGUAUCUUCGAUUCAAAACUUCACAAGUGAAUUAACUCAGGAAACGAGAAAAAUAGUGUCUGCAGAGUUCGCCCACGUCGUCUACAACGAGUAUCUUCCAAAAAUUAUCGGGGAGGAACUCAUGUCGCAAAAAAAGUUGCGACCUCUAGAUAAAGGAUAUUUCGGAGGUUGAAAAUAUCAAAUUAAAAAAUUGGGAAAGAGAAAAGGGUUUUAAUUAAGAGUAUGACGAUAAGUGCGACGCCUCCAUCUUGCAGCCUUUUGCGACGGCGGCUUUUCGGUUCGGACAUUCUACUGUCACAAGGUUCUCUUAUGAAUACCUGGAUUCACUUAAGCUGGUUUUUUUUCCGACACACUCCGAUAGUAGAUAGUGAAGAAGGCGUCGUGGUGAAUGUGGUGGAUCUUGCCGUGGAACUGUUGAACAUGACGAAAAUAUACGAAGACCGAGGUUGACUGAUUUGAAAAAUAAGUGGGUGUAUGAGGUACUUUCAGCGAUCGAAGGCAUUUUGGGAGGAAUGUCGAUACAGCCGCAGAUGGCGACCGACAGACACGUCGAUGACGCCCUCAGGUAGCAAUACUUCUGUCAUCAGAAAAUGAACAUUCUCGGUCAGGAAUUCUUUGUUCGCCCAGCCGGGGAAACCGAGAAGCGGCCUGGACUUGCCUGCAAUAAACAUCCAACGGGGAAGGGAGCACGGCAUCCCGCCUUAUAAUCGCUACAGGUUGACGCAAUUUUCAAAAUGUCAAAAGAUUUUUUCGCUUUCUUUUGUAGAUGGUUUUAAAAACGGAAAUUUUUAUGUGAGAUCAGAGCCUGUUUUAUGAAGGAAAAAUGAAGCGAGAAAAUACAAUAAACUUAAAAAAAAAAGAAGAUUAAAAGACUUAAUCGGUAUCCAUUGAGCUUUUGGGGGUCCGGAGGUUACAGUCUAAACGGUUCAGACUAAACUCCUACAGAGACCACUUCAAUUUUAUAUUUACAACGGACCCUUUUUUGUCUUCUAGAGAUACCUUUUUCCCCCUACCCCUGUAAGGACCACUUUGGCGUAGCUGAGAAACCGUUAUAAGCAAUGAUUAUCAGGGAUUUCUAUUUCGUCUCUCACGAGUGGUUCUCUGUAAGAGUUUUACACAUCUAAUGAUGAAUUCAGCUUCUGAUGAGAUGAAAAUUUUCCGUAUCAUCAUCGAACAAACUGUUUGUUCUCCAGAGAGUAUUGUGGUCUGAGACCUCUGAGUUCCUUCCACUCGCUCUUCGCGGACAUCAGCGAGGACACGAUCCACGCGCUCGGCAGCGUCUACGAGUCUCCAGAAGACGUCGACCUCUUCACCGGGAUCAUCUCCGAGAAAAAUGUCGUCGGCGGCAUCGUCGGUCCCACUGCCGCCUGUAUCAUCAGCGAGCAAUUCCGUAUACUCAAACAAUGUGAUAGGUUUUUCUACGAGUCAAACGUCGAACACGUCAAGUUCACGCCAAGUUGGAAGAUGAUUCAGUGCUAAACUCACAAAAUAUCUCAGGCCAGUUGGAUGAAAUCAGAAAAGUUUCGAUGGCGUCGUUGAUUUGCGCCAACACGAAGGCCCUUCACAUUGCGAGAGACGUCUUCUCCAUCCCAGACGAUUUUCUGUAUGUUUUCUAAAUUUAAUAAUAAACUUUAAGCAGUAUAAAAAACCUUCCUCUCGCAAUUUUUUUAAUUUUAAUUUUUCGAGGCAAAAAGUGUAGGUUUGAAUCUUCAAUAGUUAUACAGCGUAAAAAACGAGAGAGCAAGACUUUUUUUUUUGAACGCCUUCUUGUUUACCACGUUCUCUAACUAUCGAAUGUUCGAAAGGGGACUCAUGGAAAAAAAAAUUUAUUGUAAUUCUUGCAGAAAUGCUCAACUCGAUUGUUCUCUGUUCAAACAACUCGAUACUAGCAAAUGGGAAGACCAAAGUAAUGGAAAAAUUCAAGAACAUUGCAAACAUUCUUGUUCAGAAAGCUGUCGAGUCGGAGAUCAGAAGAUUGAUUUGCACGCCACAGGUCAAACCUCGCCUUGUACUUCUUGCGCCUGCACCACCGAAGGAGUAUUUUUUUCUUUUCUUUUUACUCAUAACCUUCAGUUUUUUGAAAAUUGAUUCAAAAGAUAUUUUAUCCAAACGAAAGAGAUUUUUUAGCUGAAAUGCUCCUCUUUCGCCAUUGACUGCAAAGCGGCAGCUAGAAAAUUCGCUUUGGAAGAUUUCGAAAAGGUUCAAAAAAGAUUUUUUUUUUCAGCUUCAGUGUUUUUCAGGACCCGAUUUGUUUGAUGCGAUGCUCCAACUAUCUUUACUGA